UUGACUCAUCGUAAGAUUUGUAAAAAGGGGCAGUGUGAGGACAAUCGCCUAAUCAGCGCAUUGCGAUGAUCGCAAUGAAAUUCGCUCAGUGACACUUCGACGUACCGACAAAGUUAUUCUACGUAUGGAACUCAUCGUAACCACAAUGCAUACCAGAAGCGCGCACAUAUUUGCAUUUUUGUUUAUAACAACUGCAUUUGUCGCAGUGAGAACUCGUGAUAUACCACCGUUUCUGAAGAUAUGCCAUCGCAGUGAUCCAAAUCUGAACGAAUGUAUAAAGCGAAGCAUCGACUUGUUAAGGCCUUAUCUGAAGACGGGCAUUUCAGCAUUGCAAAUACCGUCUUGUGAGCCACUUCGCGUGCCGCGGAUUGAAAUUAGCCAGUCAGCCGGUCCAAUUUCCAUCAGAUCGACGUAUACCGAUAUCGAGGUUCAAGGUGGAACGAGUUUCAUCUUAAAGAGCAUCAAGACCGAUAUCGAUAACGAUCGCGUCAGGUUGAAACUGUACCUGCCACGCCUUGAGAUGAACGCGCGCUACAAUAUGGAAGGAAAGAUUUUGAUGCUGCCUAUAAGCGGGAACGGAUUGGCACGUGGAAAUUUUACAGACAUUGACGUUAUAGCCAUCGUCCAAGGCGAACGUUAUCAGUCUAAAAAAACCGGUGAGACUCAUUAUCGUGUUAUCGACUUCUACGCAGAUAUCGACGUUGGACAUGCCAACAUCCAUCUGGACAAUUUGUUCAACGGCGACAGUACCCUAUCUAACGCCAUGAACCUCUUCUUAAACAACAACUGGAAGAUCGUCGCGGCCGAAGUUAAGCCAGCCCUCGAAAACGCCGUUUCGGAGAUCUUUAAGACGUUCUCGAAUAAGAUUUACUCGAAAUUCCCAUUCGACACAUUGCUGCCACCUUAAGUGCAUUACCUCUUCUGCAUUCGUUCUUUGUUAUACGUGUAACUGAUCCGUUUGCGUAGCGUCAGCUGUCAUAGUAAAUAUGCUAAAGUCUAGGUACGCAAUUUUAACUGAAUGCGUAAUUUUAACCUUUUAAACCGGGAAUGUAGUUUAUAUAACCUUGCGUAGCGUUAGGCACGUAAACCGAUACACGUUUUCUCAGUUAGCACGUCAGCAAACAACGUCGGCAUUUUAAAUUCAAUUCCACAUGCUGGAAAUAAAGUGUAAAAAUGUGACGCAUUCAAAACAUUCAUUUGCAGAGACUUGUACAUAGCUUCAUGGCCUCAAAUAAAGAUGCCGGCCUCAAAAAUGCAA